UAGUCCUUCAACACGACUUCACGGCUUCACCUUGGACGUGGUGGGUUGGGGGCGGACGAGCUGUAGUUUUUUAGUCCUUCUCGUUCUCGACUUCACCUUGGUGGCUUGAAUCCUAACCUACAAAUUACAAGUAUUCGUUAAAAUGCAUGAAUGAGACUGAAUAUAGAAAUGUGGCUCAUUAGAUUUGCUCCUAAUUCAGUAUUUCCUGUAUCUAUAAGGGGAGCUUUUUACUAUCAUGUAUCUUCGUCGGGCAUCAUUGAUGUUACAUAAAUCAAGAAGGCCGUUUAGCAGCAGCAGCAGCAGCCAUGAUAUUGCCAGCACCAUUGAUGAGCUUAAUAAGGAGAUGGAAUUUGUUUUUGGUGAAGCUCCGCCUACAAGUCUUACUGGUUCCAGUGAAAGUCAACCUAUAUCCCAAGACUCGGAGAUUACACCUGUUGAAAAAAUAAAAAUGGAAAUGGAAAAUGAAUCAAAACUGAGCCAUAUUAGUGUGAAAGGUGAAGCUCAAAUGGUGGAUGUGUCUGACAAGGAUAUUAGCACGAGAGUUGCAAUUGCAAGCUGUAAAGUUAUUUUGGGGAAGAAAGUAUAUGACUUAGUUUCUGCCAACCAGGUUGCAAAGGGAGAUGUUCUUAGUGUAGCAAAGAUAGCUGGAAUAACAGGAGCAAAACAGACUAGUAAUCUUAUCCCACUAUGCCACAAUAUCAACUUAACUCAUGUUGGUGUUGAUUUACGAUUAAACCCUUGUGAUUAUUGUGUUGAAAUACGAGGGGAGGCUGCUUCAACAGGGAAAACUGGGGUUGAGAUGGAAGCAUUGACAGCAGUUACUCUUGCUGGGUUAACUGUUUAUGAUAUGUGUAAGGCUGCAUCAAAACAUAUUCAGAUUACAGAUGUACGAUUGGAACAUAAAACUGGAGGGAAGAGUGGGGAUUGGUCUAGGGAGAAGAAACAAUGAUUCUUCAGAUUAUGUAUGUUAGUGCUAAAACAUUUUUUCAACACCUUGGAUUAGGUUGUAGUAUCAUCAGAUAUUGUUCUUAGUAUUAUCAUUUGCUAAAUCUAAAAGAAAUAUAAAACCCCUUAGAAA